UAUAUCAAAUUAGUGCAGCGAAAGUAAAUCUAUAAAUCACAUUUACUUACAGGAUACCUAGAAAAAGGCGUGAACUUCAUUACCAUCUGCCGUCGUCAUCAUCAUCCGGUUUAAAUUGCAGCAGAAUCACAUAUAUAAUGUCGUCGUAUGAUCUAUGCGAAGAGCUGAUUGUUGAAAUCUUGUCAAGGCUACCAACGAAAUCCCUCCUCCGAUUUAGAUCUGUUUCCAAAUCAUUAUGUGCUUGUAUUGGGAGCCCCGAUUUCAUCCGACUCCACGCUCUUCGAUCUCCGAACAAAGUCAUGAUUAUACACCAAGUUUAUUUCUAUGGAGCAACAAUCUUUACAGAUAUGUAUACAUUACACUCUGGAGGUCAAUUGUCAAAUGAUCCCUAUGUCGGCGUAACAGCAGUCGAAUAUCCUUUUACAAGUAACCGCAUUGUCGGUUCAUGUAAUGGGGUUCUCUGUCUUCAUGAAUAUGGAAAGGGUAUCAUUCUAUGGAACCCUUCAAUUAGGCGCAAAGUAACCGUACAUGACCGCCCUUUGUUGAGCGAUUGGGGAGGCCAACUGCAUCCGUUCGGGUUUGCUUUCGACCCAAUCAUUAAAGAUUACAAGAUUGUGAUGACAACCAAAUGCGAUACUAAAAAAGGACUUGUACUAAGGACAUUUGUUUACCGCACGAAGAAGGACGCUUGGCAUCAGAUUGCUUCCCCUACUCGGGAUCUCUUAUCUUGUCGAGAGUCAUAUCAGUGUCUUUUCAAUGGAACAUUGCAUUGGGUAAUAAAACGGUUUUUAACGGGUUCACAUGAUGAUUGCCAUUCUCCUUAUAUAUUGGCAUUCAAUCCGAGCUCAGAGAUUUUCUCUACGAUUGAGCUGCCAGAACCAAGUUGGGAAACCGAGGAGGUGACGAUCAUCAAUGGUUCUCUAGCUGUGAUUUCUUCAAAACACGAUGAUAGUUGGAUUUGGGUGAGGAAUAACACUACUGCUUCUUGGUCCGUUGCUUUUAAACUGAAGGCACAUGAAUUUGAAGGAACACACAGAGUUUUUCAGCUUACCGCCAAUAGUGAUUUACUAUUCAACCCCUGCGGGAUCAUAGUUUAUAAUCCAGAGACUAGGGAACGGUUGAGCCUUGUGCGCUUGAGUGCUUCUUCACUUGUGGGCGUGACCGGUUCUACACGCGGUCUUCUCAUAUAUCCUUGCAUUGAAAGCCUCGGAUUGUUAGAUAUGGGGACUUCAUGUGAUCAAGGGAGGAGGAACAAAAAGAGAAGCAGAGCAUAUUGGCUUUUAUGACAGUAUUUAAUUGAUUAUUAUUGAGCAUUCCACUUUGAAUUGUUAACUAUGGUUAAAAUGUUUGAAUCUGAGAUGGUUAUAGACUCACUCAAGUACUAACCAACUGAUAAGUUAUAUGCUAUAAAGUUUAUUUAUCAUGC